AUGGAUACAGUUUAUCCCGGCCCCUCCGAGUCCUCACCUUCUGCGCAAAAACCAUGGAAACAAGCUUUCAUUGAACUGACGUAUCUGUCUCGACAGUGGCAGCCGUCAGACGACCCUCCUUUGCACUCUUUUUGGAUGGCCUCCUCGGAAGUGGAUCAAAAGUUUCUUGGUUAUUUUGCAAAAGUUACUACUAGGGAGAACAAUUAUCUUUCAAGCUUUCUUUUCCGUGUCCUUGGUCUCUCGGUGAUUCUGGCAGAAAAGCUUCUUCGUACACGCAGAGCGAAGCGUCUAGAUCCUGUUCGUGACCCGAAAGCGAGACAUCUCGUCCAUCAUAUCCUAUGGCUGGCCCGUGAAGGGCUCGUUAUGGUGGAGCAAUAUGUACUUCCCAUGGUGGGCAAUUAUGUCGAGCUUCGCGUCUUGUCUUAUAAACUCAAGGCCUCUUUCUACCACAUUUUCGUUCUCUUUCACAACGAUCCGCCUGUCAACGACCGAAUCAAUCGUUCGAAAUCCGGCUCUUACUCUCUCUUCCCUGACCCUUUGUCACCGAGACUCUCUUCCAAGACCUCUCCAACAGAACCAGCCGUUCGUUCUCCCAUCAGUGGCCGUCAGCGGUCGCCGGCAAUCAGCCUGGGCGGGGCACUGGGCGGCGUGACACGUACGCCUCCCGGUCUUCCCGGCCCGGCUGCACAUCCCUACACGAACGGUUCAACCAACGGUGGUGACAACGCCGUCUUCCUCCUGCCCCUACACGAUUACCGAUCCUACGCAACCGAGGCGUUCCGCGAGGCCAACGAGCUUGCUGAGCGUCUGCUGCCUGGCUCCCAUCCGAUCCGCCUCUCGGUCAAGGUCGAGUUUGUCGCAUACAUCUAUGAUUGUUUGCAUGACCCGGAACAGUCCCGUCGCAUGGCCAGGACGAGCAUCCGCCACGUCUACGAGGCACAGGAAGGCAUGGAUGACGACUCCUUCGAAGACGCAGCAGAGAUGGUGGGCAUCCUGGGGAGAAUGAUGAAGCGAGGUUUAGGCGGCGGUGGGAGUUCGGGAAGUCAGCAGCAGACGCAGGCGAGACAGCGGUCUGGCACUGCAGCCGGGAAUGUCGGAGACAGCAGGCAGACUCAGGGUUCACAGCAGCCGACCACGUGGGUGUAG